AUGGUUCCAGCUAAAGGUGUGUCGGGAUAUGUGAUAUCAAAGGCAGCGCAUGUGAUUUGGGCUCAAAAGGCAUUCGCUCCCGGAGCUGUUCGCACAAACAUUAUGAGAAAUAUGCCGGUUACUGAUAAGCAAGGUGAAGCAAUUUGGGACGCUAUGGACAGUAAAUACCCGGUUGGCAGGUGUGAGCAGGGAAUAGACAUUACCAACGCUGUUGCCUACCUGGCCAGUGAUCAGGCUAGUUUUGUGGCUUGUACAAUACUAGUGGCUGAUGGCGGCCACCUUGCUGCUAAUAUUAACAUGAGAUUUGAUUAA